AUAUUUUUAUUACAUACUUCUCAUACCCGUGGAUGAUGACUUAUAUAAGGUAAGACUAGUGACGUACACCAACAAAAAGGUGGGAAGGCAUAAAAUUGAAAAUGAAGUGUGAAGUGAGAUGUGAAAUCUAAACGAAAACGAAAUGUCAGUGUCAAUUUUAUUGUCGUUGUAGUUGGACAUUGGUUUGGUUUGUUUUAUAAAUUGUUUGUUUUUAAAUUUAGCGAUGACUUAAAUAUUUUAAUUAAUGUGUAAAUUAAAGCCAAUAUACACAGCGAGAACUUUUAUUAUGUCCGGUUUUUGUUUACUGACUGUACCAUAUUAAAACAACCUGUUUUAAUAGAAUAAAUUCACUUGUGUUAAAAAAUGGAUCAUCCUUAAAACUCGGUACAAAACAGUAAUGACUGAUUUACUAGUGCCUCGCGGAGAUACAUUUCCUCGUUCUUUUUUGGACACAUAUCGUGCUACAAAAAGUGAACAACUUUAUAAUGAAUUAACAUCUAGUAAAAGUGAUGAACUAGUUCUUCAAAACUCCAUGAGUAUUCCAGUAUCUCAAGACAUUCACCACGGUCACUCUGAGAAUCUUUUGGAUGUUGGUUCUGGUUCGGCACAAACGAAGGAUUAUUACGAUAAGCAUGAGGUGGUCCCAUUGCCAAAACCUCAUAAAAGAAUACCUGUGUAUGACAGAGUAGACCCUGAAGACAGCAUAAGAGAUAUAGUUACAGAAAAUGAUUUCUACAGGUUUGUGUUGUUCAAAAAACACUAUGACAAAUAUUUACAUUUGUCACAGAAAUAUGAGGAGGCCCGAAAUAUCGCCUAUUAUUUAGAAGAGAAGUACCAUGAGGUCAAGACGGAAAGGGACGACCUCAUAAAGCAGAGAGACCAACUAACGAAAAGGCUGGAAUCCAACGAAUCCUUGUUGCGAGAGAAGGAGGAUGAAGUUUUUUUGCAGUUCGAACGAGUAGUUUAUCUCGAAGAACAAUGUGAUAAGAUAAGAGCCGAGAAAGAAAAAUGCGAAGAACAAAAAGAAAUUAUAGAAAGGGAGAGAGAUAAAGCUCUGCGGAUGCUGCAGGAACAAGCGAAGGAAUCCGAAUACAAUAGAAGAAAAUUGGAACGAGCUAGGCAAGAGGUCGUUACCCACAUGACUCGAAUAAAGAAUGAAAAAGAUUCGUUAGAGAGAGAGAACGAUCAACUGAAGGAAGCGUUAGAGGCUGAACGCAAAGGCAUGGGAAAAUAUUUAAUUCAAGGAAGACAAUUGAAUGAUGAUCUAUAUUGUAUGGAAAAGCAGGUUGAAAAUCUUAAACUGAUGGAACACUCGAAUAGUGCUCUGGCAUCUCAAUUCCAAAAGGCUGUGCAACACCUUGCAACUUGUAGACUGAAAAAGUGCUCCGUUUGUGCUUACACAAAAUCCACCUAUCGAAAAAUGUCUCCUAAUUAUAGAAAAUAUGAUCGUAAAUUGUUUGGUUGCCUUCAAACACCCUUCCUCGAAAUGCGCAACAUGAUCAAACCGCCCCCGUCGCCGAUUCAUGCAGAAGGUGAAAGCCUCUCCGAAUGGUUCUGUCAUAUGGAAGGACCGGAUGGGCCUAGCCAGAGCGAGUGCUCCUCACUAAGUGUUCCAUUUGCUGAACUGUCGAUUUCAUACAUGGACGAUGCCUCGGAUAGUUCGAGUUAUGUCAAAGAUGGUGACAAAGACGAUCAAGAAAGACUGAGCAGAGGGAAUUGUGGUAGUUAUAGAAGAUUUGGCAGCGACUCCGGUUUUUCUUCCGACAUAUGCGCCGAUUACAAAAGCAACACGACUACUCCCAAAGAACACAAGUUUUGCCCAAAUGCUGUCCUAGAUGAAUCGGAUUGUGCUAAGCUUACGAGAACAAAAUGGACGGCAUCGUUCCGAAAACUUAUUCGACGCAUCAAGAAGUAAACCCCUAACUUUUCAGUAUCUCGAAUAUUUAAAAUUUUCUUUAGAAAUAUAACGAAAAUAUAUUCAGGAAAUGUACAGGCAUGUCGAAAUUUCAUUUAUUUCACAUAAAUCAACACGUACAUUAAUCAAAUACAGAGUCAAUUCUGAUCUGGACGUAAGUAUUACAGGAAUGGGAUAAUUGUCUUUUUAACUAUAUGAUUGUUAAAAUAUUAAUUUUAUCUAAUACUUUUUAAUAUAACGUUUAAGUUUAACUACAGCGUAUUUCAGUCAUGAGAUUCAUUGUACGAAGGAUACUCCCAAUACAAACUAAAUGAGAAUCUUCUUGACAACGUUGCAAGUUCGGAAGAGCGACACCUGGUUUCAUAGAUCAGCAACAUUUUUAACACUUUUAAUUAUAUUGGCCAAUUAUAUUAGUCUUGGUUACUGGAUAAUUAUCAAGGCCAUAGCGUAAAAAAGAAUAAGAAGAAAAACUAAGAUUGAGGUUAUGUUAUUAGGUAAAAGGUAAACAUUGUAGGUAUGUAGUAAAUAAAAUUAAUUAUUGAAAUGCAGUACCUACUACAAGCAAAAUACAAUUAAUCAAACUCACUUUAAUAAUUGCAUAUCAUAUCAAUAUUGUGGAGCAACAUAUAAUUUUUACAAUUUAUAACAACAUUUGCGAAAUCCCAUUUUUUCAAUGACAGAAAUAUACGUCAAUUUGACAAUAUGAAUUAUUUGAAAUAUGUUAAGAAAGUUACAAGAUUUCUCCACUAGUCACGCACGAUCAUUUCUCGUAUCCCCUCUAAGUACUUGCACACAGCGAAUACAACCGUACUGAUUAUAUCGUUUGAAACACAGUGUAGAAGAUUAACCGUUACAAAACGCGUUGAAACGAUUUCUAAGUCUGAAAAUGUGAUAAAAAUUUCAGAUUUCGAAGAAUUUUGCUACUUUAGUCUUUUGUUUAGAAUGCCAAAAGUAAAGAGCAGCAACCAACCAGUGCCAAACACCUUCAUGACAGGAAGAGGUAUAGUCAUAGUUUACCAAUUAAACGUUACGUUAUUAAAACACGACGUUAUGUUCCAUAAUACUGCUACUUGAAGAGUUAUUAAUAAAAAUAUUGAACUAUUUUCUUAUUAGCUGACAUACGUUGUAAUAGUAAAAGUAUGGAACGAAGGAUAGUUGAAGGCAACAUAACGGCAAACCAUCCAGAGGAAGAUCUCCAACAGGAUGGUUGAACCAAAUAAAUUACAUGACUGGUUAUUCAUUCUCUGAAGCAACACAGCACGCACAGGAAAGAUAUAUUGGGACAGCACUAGUCAAAUUGCAUAACGUCACUACGUCGUUGCGAAGGAGGAAAUAUGGAGGAGGGUUGAUACAGAUAUUGUGACCGUUGUGACUAUAUAGCUAGAAUAGUGGUACUCCGACAAGGCUUUAUCAAAAUUAAAAAGCUUAUUUUGUAACAGUAGCAUUAAUAUCAGCCGUAUAUGCCGUUUUCUGCAUUGCUAUGUAUGGUCAACACUUUUGUAUGGAACGGAGGCCUGGACACUCAACAUAACGCCGAUGAAUAAGUUAGAAGCCUUUGAACUCUGGCUUUAAGCAGAAUCUUGAAAAUACCUUGGACAAGCCACACCAUGAAAAAAAUGUUCUGAGGAGAAUAGGUACAGAUAGAAAGCUGCUAAAGAUUAUCAAAGUUAGAAAAGUUAGCUACCUGGGACACAUCGCUGGUACCUAUGAUUAAUGUGAUUUCUAAUAGAUUUCCAGUGAAAAUAAUACCUCUUUGAUAAGUAUUGGCGAUACAAUUAAUUUUUUUAUAUGCGUGUCCGCGAAGAUUAUAACUCCCAAAAUAUUUAUAACGAAAAGAUUUAGUUUAUAAUAGAUGCCGACGAAAAGAAUUAUUUCCCUUUCUGUUUCUGCUUCUGCCGAUGAAAACAAUUAUUUCUGAGAACUGUUUAGUAAUUCUAAUUUUCGUGGACCCACAAACAGAAAUUAUGUUUUUUGCUGAUACUCCUCAAAAAAUAUUUUUUUUCGCUAACACUUUAUUAGGGAUUAUAAUUUUCAGAAUCAUAUAAUCGAAAAUGAUAUUUUUCGCGGCGUUCAUUGAAAGUUCUACUCUUAACGGCAUUUUUCGGAGUUAUACUUUUCGUAGGCGGCGGCGACAUAAUGAGAAAUGAAAAGUACCGCCUCGCCAACUGAUCAUCCAGGGUAAGAUUGAAAAAAAAAACGGGUUUUCCGGUAGGUGCCAGAUUUCAUGGCUUAGAAAUAUCAGUGACUGGACAAAGACAGAUUUGCCAGUGUCACUAACGUCCACUAACGGAGACAGCAUUACAAGAAGAAGAAAUUGUGCCUAUUAAUAGGCUCCUUACAGCUGCGAUCUCUCGCAAACUUACGUUGCACCAAAAAAUUGUUAUGCAAACGGUCAUCACAUGCAUUGUAUAGUUGUAUGUACAGUAAGCCCCAGUCGCGUAAUUUCAUCUAUGAGAGACCUAUUAUAUAAUAAGAUCAUGCCAAACAAUAAUCUGAGUUAAAUUUUCCGAAACUUUAUUAAAAAUCCUUUAUAAAAGGUAUAUUUCUAUUAAAUGAACGUUUUCGGAAUGACGAUUCCAUCAUCAAUACCGCGUACAAGGUAUAAAUGAUUGAGCCACAAAAAAUAUCUGGGUGAAAACCCUUUAAAUGGUAUAAAGUUAUUAUAAAGUUACAUUGUUGUAUUUAAUAUUAUGUGAUGUUUGAACUUUUACUUGAUUUUACAUCAUGGCAACGCAGUACUCUCUGGGUAUUCACCCAGAUAUUUUUAGCGGUUCGACCAUGUAUACCUUGUAAGUAGCACUGAUGAUGAAACUGUCAUUCCGAAAACGUUCUGUGAUGUGGCUCUAACUAAAGAUUCUUUUUAAUAUAGAUAUACUAAUAAAGGAAUUUUGAUACAUUUUUAUGAUCUAUGCUAUACAGCCGACUACAAGAAAUUCAUUUUCCUGGUGGAUUUUUUAAUUUUCAAAAUUUUAAUUUUUCAUUUGUUAUGACAAAAUAUGAUAUUUUGUUUUGUUUUAUUUUAUUUGUAUUCCUGAAUAUAUUUUCGGUAACUAGUUAGUGUCUACUAUUAAGGUACAAAACAGUAUUGUAGUUUCAUUUGUAUUUCAUUAUUUCAAAUAAUCAUGUAUCAUUUGUGUUUUCUCAUUUUACUCAUUUUUUAUACUGUAAGUGUCACUUAUAUUUUGUACAUAUUUGAUCAAAAAUCUACUGAAACAUUUCGACGAGACAGGAACUUGUAAAAUGGAAUUGUAUCAAUUUCAAUAUUUUAUAUACUAGUUACUAUUGUUCUUUUACAAAAAGCGAAUUUGGUUUAAUUUAUAUAUAAUCGGCAGUUCUACUAUCAACCAUAUACAGGGUGUUUCAUUAAUAAUUGUCCAUAUCGUAACUGGAGAAACCUUACCCCAAAAUACGAAGACUUAACCCAAAACACUUAAAUAAAAUAUUCUUCCUUACCGAGAUACAGCGUGUUUUAUUACAAUAUUACAAAUGUUCUAAAAUGAUUUUAGCCCAUUGUUAAAGCACCCUUUAAUAUUUUUUGUUUAAACUUGACACACAGUUUACACAUAUUACAGUACUUUAACUAGGGUUAAAAGAUAGUUUUCCGCUGUUACCAGAGGCGUACCGUAGCGGCGCACAAUCUGCGCCACUGUAAUAUUCAUUUCAGCAUGUUUUUUUGAUUCUUUUUUACUUUUUACAUAAAUAUCAUCCUUUUGUCUCAUUGUGAUAAAGUAAGUAUUUUUUAAGUUAUUUGCGUUUAAAGAUAAUGAUUCCAUAAGACUAUGGGCCGGUUGUUCGAACGCUAAUCAACAUUUAAUAUCAAAUAUUUAAUUACUGUCACAACUGUCAAUGUCAACUUUGGUUGGGUUGCUGAAAACAUAGUUAAUUAUAAUUAUGAGAUUAGUUAGCCAAUUAACAUAACAAUUAUUAACAUAAUUGAUUAACUAAUUUCAUAAUUGUCAUCAAUAAUUAUGUUUUCGGCAACCCAACCAAAGUUGACAUUGACAGUUGUGACAGUAAUUAAGUAUUUGAUAGUGAUCAAUGUUGAUUAGCGUUCGAACAACCGGCCCUUAGUGUUUUAAACUACAUUCAAUAAGAUUAUGUGUCUAGCAUACAUAAUUUUAUUGAAUUCAUUACAUUAAAACGCAAAUAACUUGAAAACUACGUACUCUAUCGCAUUGAGACAAAAGGAUGAUAUUUACGUAAAAAGUAACGAAUAAUAAAAAAAACAUGCUGAAAUGACUAUUACGACAGUGGUGUAGAUUGUAAGGGGGAAAAGGGGCGAAAAGAAAGUAUAUAUCCCUACAGCACGCCUCUGGUAACAGCGGAAAACUAACUAUCUUUUAACACUAGGUAAAGUAUCCUAACAUGUGUAAACUGUGUAUCACGUGUGAACAAAAAAUAUUAAAAGGUGCUUUAACAAUGGGCUAAAAUCCUUUUAGAACAUUUGUAAUAGAACACUCUGUAUCUCGGCAAGGAAGAAUAUUUUAUGUUAAAUCUUCGUAUUUUGUGCUAAGGUUUCUCCAGUUGGACAAUUAUUAAUGAAACACCAUGUAUAUUAUAUCAAUCUUUGCUGUUUUCUGUCACCGUAGCGGUCGUAGAUCAGUGGCUAAGAUACUGGUAUAUCAAGCCGAACGCAUAAGUUCGAUUCUCGGCAUCGACAUUGGCAAUUUUCAGUUCUAAAAAUUAUAUGAGCCGUCACAGUGUUUCGGAAGUCACGUAAAUCCUGGACUAGUGAGCAUCGACACUCAUUACCUGAAACAUGGCUAAAUGUACAAUUGGUGUCGGAAUCUGUCCGAAAUGAUCUCCGGCAAAAAGUCAUGCGAUAUUAUUAUUAUAGAAAUUUCACGAAUAAUGAAAAUCGAAUGAUCUAAAGAUUGGAGGUAAUAAAAUAAAUAACAGUCGAUGACAAAUAAUGUUAACUGUACCGGUACUGUGGAUAGUCAUAUCGAAUAGCAAAAUAUAUUUUUCCACAUAGCACCAAUCAAAAAGUCUCUAGUCUACAAAAAUUGGAGCUUACCUUCGCAUAGGAUUGCGAAGUUUCACAGACUGUAAGGAUAAUGAGACAAAAAUUAUUCUUUAAAAUAUGAAAAAAGUGAACAACUGUAGAACAACAAAUAUCUACACAGGUAGUUGGGUAGUUUGGUCAUAACAACUUAUGACCAAAUUAAAAAAAAAAUCAUAGUCGGAAAUUCCCAUUUUUCUUCUUCUACUUAAGUGAAACGAUACUCUCGCAAUUGGUCUUGGGACUUUUAUACCAAACCCUCUUCUUCAUUAGACUCCACCAAGAAAUGCUGCGCUCUAUAUACAAGCCAGAAAAUUUUUAUGGAAAGUAUUUGGAGGAAGGUUUUGUACAAGCUACCCAGGUCAGAUCUAUAAGAGAUAUAGGUUCCUAUUUUAGUAUCUAGUACGCAGAUAGUCCUCUAAUGUUGGUUUCUGUUCCGAUGUUAAGAGGGCCUGGUGACUCUUCCUUAGUAUGCUGAACAUCCUUUUUGGAAGCAGUUUUGAUAGUUUUUAGUCCUUCUUAGUCUCACGUUUUUAAAAUCUUUAUUGAUUUAGUUCAUUUUGGUCCCACGAGUAUUGUAGAAAUAAAGACUCGGUACAUACAAAUCUUCCAAGGUCUGGUAUUUCCAGUAGACUGUGUGUGAGAGAUAUUUGUAGAAAUGGAAGUGCUGUAUAGGUUUGGGUACGCUACAAUACGCCUUUACUUUGCUUCUCUCGACGUCUAACAGCAAUCUGCUUGGCUGAAGUCCAUUCACCACGUCAAGGUGGAACAGCAUUACGGAGACCUACGAUUGAGUAUAUUUUUAAAAUAUAAUAUUAUUUCUGAAAAUGAAGUUGUGCCGAUAAUAAUAAAUGAAUGUUAAGUUUCUCUAGAAAAUUGAAGAUACAGUGGUGCGCUAAUAACCGGCAAAAUAACGCAAAAAAUGGAACACAUAAUACGAUUUGAAAUAAAAAGAGGCGAAACUAGUAGAGGUGGGAAAAUAUCUGUAGAAACAUAAUUGUACAUCAUGACGUUCUUCGUAACCUAGUUUUAUUAGGUUAUGCAUGUCUUCUUCUUCUUCUUUGGUUUAUUGGCCUCCACCUACUUGGGUAUUUGGCCAGCUCAUCGUCUUGGAAUAAAGGAAAAAUCCCUUAAUCACCUACAAUUUGGAGUUGAUAUGGGACAAAUACAACAAAGGAAAAAACUGUUCUCGCUCAUUGAUAACUGCCGACCAUUACACAAUCUGCCUUAUAGACCAGGGCGCAUCUGUAAAAAUAUUAGUACAUUUGGACGUUGAGAGGUGACUCAAAUUUUUUUGCAGAAAUUGCUUGAAAAUAACUCAAAUAAUAAUAUUUGAGUUAUCCUCCCUCUCAAGAAGGUCCGGAACAUUGUUUAAAUAAUCAAAAUAUCAAAAAAUGAAGGAAAAAUUCGAUGUUUUUCUUCGUUUUUUGAUUAUAACUUUAAAAGUAUUCAUUUCCGGGAAAAGUUGUAUUUAUAUAAAAGUUGCGUAAUUUAAUUUACUAUAACAUAGAAUUGGUGAAAUAUUUAAAAAAUAGUCACCCUUGUUGCAAAAUAGCAAUAAUUGCGAAAAAACCAUACAAAAACAAGUAUUCGCAUUUUACGUUUUUCAACCAUUUAUGCUACACUUAGGACCUUCAUAUUUCACCCAGAAAAACUUUAUAAUACAGUAAAAUAAUACUGUAAAUUUCAUUAAGAUCGGUUCAAUAGAUUUUGCAAAAUAAAUUUUGCAAUCCAGCUUUCGCAAAAAAAAUUCAUUUUUUCAAAAUGUUACAGGAUUGAAAAUAAAGCAGGUAGCAAGUUGAAAUUUUUUUUGCGUAUAGAAGUGUACUGUACCUUUCAUUUGCAAUUUGCAAAAUUAAAAUCAAUUAACUACCACGGCAUCAGGAUUUUUUUAAAUAAACAUUAAUUAUUGGUGCUGCGCGCAGGACAGCGGAUAGUUUGCUCUGAUUGGGCAUUCCAAUGACCUUUGAUAAUGAUUGAUACAUUUUAAUUUUUAUUAAAUUUCGAUAUAAGUAAAUAAAUUUGUUUAUUGCAAAAUAAAAACACAUACUCUAUCCUUUGAAAUAACACUUUUUUUAGCAAACUUUCUUUGUUCAUAUAUUUUAACUUAGAGAAUAAAAGUUUAUUAUUUUUAUACAUAUGCAAUUGUUUAAACAAUAUUUCACAAACAAUAAUAAAAUUAGUUUGAUUUUUGUGGAAUUAAAAUAUUAAAAUACAACAAAAUAUAGAGUAAGAAAAUAAUAUAUUAGAUAUAGAUUGGAAGAAAUUUUGGUUAAAAUCAACUUGUGUGAAUCGAGCACCGCUGUCCUGCGCGUAGCACCAAUAAUUAAUGUUUAUUUAUAAAAAUUCCUGACGCCGUGGUAGUUAAUCAAUUUUAAUUUUACAACUUGCAAAUGAAAGGUACAGUACACUUCUAUACGCAAAAAAAAAUUCAACUUGUUAUCUACUUUAUUUACAGUCCUGUAACAUUUUGAAAAAAUGAAUUCUUUUUGCGAAAGCUGGAUUGCAAAAUCUAUUAAACCGAUCGUAAUGAAAUUUACAGUAUUAUUUUACUGUAUCAUAAAGUUUUUCUGGGUGAAAUAUGAAUUUUCUAAGUGUAGCAUAAAUGGUUGAAAAACGUAAAAUGCCAAUACUUGUUUUUGUAUGGUUUUUUCGCAAUUAUUGUUAUUUUGCAACAAGGGUGACUAUUUUUUAAAGUUGUAACUAAUUCUAUAUUGUAGCAAAUUUAAUUACGCAACUUUUAUGUCAGUACAUCUUUUCUCGGAAAUGAAUACUUUUAAAGUUAUAAUCAAAAAACGAAGAAAAAAAUCAAAUUUUUCCUUCAUUUUUUGACAUUUUAAUUAUUUAAACAAUGUUCCGGACCUUUUUGAGAGGGAGGAUAACUCAAAUAUUAUUAUUUGAGUUAUUUUCAAGCAAUUUCUGCAAAAAAAUUUGAGUCACCUCUCAACGUCCAUCUCAAAACAGAUGGGCCCUGGACUAUUAAUAAACCACAAUUUUAGUUUGAAAUUAAGUUUAUUUGAUGUUUCUAUUUCGAUUUGACGUUUAUUUGUGUCAGUCGAAACGAAUAACAUGGGACAUUCAAAUAAAUGUUUUCCGACGCCAUGCAUAUAAUGAUGACUGAAGUCAACGAAUCACGUAUAAGAACUAACUUUACAUCGUACUAUCUCCCAGUUUAAUAUGUUUUCCAUCUUUUGAGUUAUUUUGUCGGUUAUUAAGACACUCAUCACUGUAUAAAAUAACGUAUAGAAUUUGCAAUUUUUCUGAGAUUCUACAUAUGCGUUAAAGUAAGUAGGACUGCCGAUAUUCUCACACAACCCAAUAAUGUAUUGCGGAUUCUUUAGAUUGUUAUCGUAUUCAAAAGAUAUUUUCAUAUUUAUUGUAAACGGAUUGAGCUAAAAUUGUCAGAGUAUCUUGGUGUUGGGUUAUAAGAACCUGUUAUGUACUUCCUAAGAAUUAUUGUUAUUAAAAUACUCGUUAGUACACAGUA